AUGAUUCAAAAUUCAUCAAUUUCGCAAAUACCCAGACGAUUUAUCAAUAAUAAUAUUAUCAAUCGACAUAAUAUUAAAUUUUUUAUUCGAAUUCUUGUUGGUCUUGCUUUGGCUCAUAUUAUUGGACAACAAUUUCGAUUAAGUAAUGCUACUCCAAAUAGAAAAUCAAAUUGGAAAUAUCGAUUACAAAAAACAACUAUUAACAGUGAACCAAUUGAUGAUGAUGAAAAUCUAUCGACAAUUUCUACUAGUACUAUUAAAUUAAAUACAAUAAGAUGGCAACCAGGACAACUUAAAAAUUGUACUGAACCUGCUAUUGAUGAAUUUCCUGAAGAUCUUUUUACACAAUCUCAACGACGUCAUGGAGCUAUAAUAUUUCAUUUAUUUGCUUGUAUUUAUAUUUUUAUUGCUAUUGCUAUUCUUGUUGAUGAUUAUUUUAUUGCGGCACUUGAUAAACUUUGUGCGGCAUUAAAUCUUGAUGAAGAUGUUGCUGGUGCAACAUUUAUGGCUGGUGGCUCAUCAUCACCGGAACUUUUUACUGCUCUUAUUGGCAUAUUUGUGGCUAAAGGUGAUGUAGGUGUAGGAACAAUUGUCGGUUCUGCUGUAUUUAAUGUAGUAUGUGUUAUUGGUAUUUGUGGAUUGUUUGUUAAUGGAGCUAUUCGAUUGACUUGGUGGCCAUUAUGUCGAGAUUCAGUGUAUUAUGCUUUUUCAAUCAUAAUUUUAAUUUUUUGUUUAUCUGAUGGUCGAAUAACAUUAUUUGAAUCAGCAUUUCUUCUUUUUCUCUAUGUUGGAUACAUUAUUAUUAUGUGUAAUAAUCAAAAUUUACAACGAUUUAUUGUUCAACGAUGGCAAAUAUUUGCAAAAUUUAAUGCUCUAGAUGAACCAAUUAUGAAUUAUGCACAACCACAAAAAACUUAUGGAAUGACGAAUACUUAUCAACGUUUUGAUGAAGAAGAUAAUUCAUCAAGAAUUCCAGUUGAUGAUCUUAUUGGAAUGUCACAUAUAUCAUUAGAUUUUGAAACAGCAGCAUUAAAAAUAAUGAUGUCAAGAUAUUUUCGAGGACGUACAAGAUUUAAAAUGGCUGUUCGAUUUGUUAUCACUGAGAUAAAAUUACGAAAAGGACAAGGUGUUAUUCGUCCAAAUAAACCGAUCAAUGAACGACGAUUUUCAUUUUAUCAAGGUCGAACACCAAGUUUAUUAGCAAUAGAAGAAACUUAUGAUAAUUGGAAAAAUAUUCCGAAUUAUAAUUAUGAUCUUAUUGGAUUUAUUAAAUGGGCAUUUAUUAUACCAAUUAAAAUUCUCUUCUAUUAUACUAUUCCUGAUUGUCGAAAUCCAAAAUUCUUAAAAUGGUAUCCAUUAACAUUCUUAAUGACUAUUAUUUGGUUAUGUGUAUUAACUUAUCUAAUGGUUUGGAUGGUAACAAUAAUUGGUUUUACAUUUGGUAUACCAGAUAGUGUUAUGGGAAUAACAUUUCUUGCAGCUGGUAGUAGUAUUCCAGAUGCACUUAGUAGUGUUUUAGUUGUUCGACAAGGUCUUGUGGAUAUGGGUGUAUCAAAUACAUUUGGUUCAAAUGUAUUUGAUUUACUUGUUGGACUUGCCUUACCAUGGUUUCUUAAAACAUUAAUUAGUGGUGAAGCAGUACAUAUUAAUUCCAAUGGACUUUUGUAUGAUUCGGUAUUACUACUUGGCAUUGUUGUUAUAACAGUGAUGAGUUUUCAUGGUAGAAAAUGGUAUUUAGAUCCAUUUCUUGGCAUUUUUUUUCUUGCUGUCUAUGGAAUAUUCGUUAUUUUUUCAUUAUUAAUUGAAUUAAAUGUAUUUGGUUUUGUCAAUCCACCUAUGUGUCCUAUUUAA